AUGGCGAAAUCAUCGUCACCCACAUCUGAUAGUUGCAGUGUCUACUUUCCUUCCAACCCCUCAUCCUCUCCCACUUCAGACCACGACACGGACAGCGAGCUUCCCAUUCUCCCUCGACGAUAUAGCUUCCUCGAGCAAGACUGGGCUUCUGGUCCUGUAUUCUCAGUCCUCCGCGGCGUCAGCAGCGGCGAUCUCCCAGUCGCUCCUCUCGGAACGAAAAACCCCGUGUUGAAGCAUUACCUCUCCCGCCCUGUACGAAGGCAACUAGACUGGAAAGAGAAGCCCAAUGGAGCCCCCAUUCGGAAGCCCCUUGACGGUGUUCUCGCUGUCCAGGCUGGGUUCAUCCAAACUCGCGGGGAGAUAGCAGAGACUCCUUGCACCAGCUGCUCCAAGGGGAAAGGGAUAUGGAAGUCUUGUGUAGUUGGUGAAAGAAUCGGGCAGCCGAAGCCUAGUAGUGAAGUUUGCGGUAAUUGUCUUUUCUCGAAGAAUUGGACGUGCAGCCAACGGCUUUCUGCUGGCACUAGAAUCUCAGAUGCUUCCAGCGCGGAUUGUUCUGGUUCAUCUACUUUGAAAGAUCAAAGAGGAAGAACGAUGUCUCGCAAUACUACAGAGAAACGUGCACAAACACCACUGCUUCGACGUACUACUACGGCCGUUGAUCUUACUUCCCCUGACCAGUCUAGAGGUACCUCUGCCAGCGUUAAAAACGACACUCCUAUAUUUCGGUUUCGCCACUUACCGGACCCCAUGAUAAUGCCGGAGGAUGUUGUUGAAUUCCCCUUGUCUGCGAAGACAUUCAAUAACCUCCCGGUUUUAAAGCGAGCGUUGUCAGAUAUGGAGGAGCACGUUGGGAAAAUCAAAAGGAGAAUCAGGCAGCUUGAGCAGCUAGAAAUGGGAUAUAACCCAGGGAAUCCUUGGGACUCUUUGUAG